UUUCCUAUACUAACGGCCUUACACAAGAUGGAGGAUUUUACAUUUGAUGGAACAAAGCGCUUAAGUGUCAACUACGUGAAGGGAAUUCUUCAACCCACAGUCACCUGUGACAUCUGGGAUGAGAUCUGGAACUUCCAAGCCAAGUCUGAUGACCUGCUUAUUUCUACCUAUCCUAAAGCAGGAACAACAUGGACACAGGAGAUAGUGGAAUUAAUACAAAACGAAGGUGAUGUGGAGAAAAGUAAACGGGCACCAACUCAUCAACGAUUUCCUUUCCUCGAAUGGAAAAUCCCAUCCUUAGGAUCUGGUAAGUAUGGAAUAGCCACACUUCACUACAGUCCUAAAAACCCAAAGCAUGAAGUUCAGAAGCUAACAGAAUUUAUUGAGAAGAAACUAGAUGACAAAGUUCUAGAUAAAAUUGUCCAUUACACUUCAUUUGAUGUUAUGAAACAGAAUCCAAUGGCAAACUAUUCAUCGAUUCCUGCUGAAAUCAUGGACCACUCCAUUUCUCCAUUCAUGAGAAAAGGGGCAGUGGGAGAUUGGAAGAAACACUUCACCGUGGCUCAGAAUGAGAGAUUUGAUGAAGAUUACAAGAAGAAAAUGGCGGAUACCAGACUACCUUUCCACUUCCAAUUCUAGUAAGGAAGAAAAAGAACUAAAAAUAUUUUAGUUUAUUACCCAGUAUAUUUAGGUAAUAAUGAAAGUUUAAUUCUCACAACAAAUGAUAUCGGAUUCCAGUUAUCAGAAUAGUUUAUUGUGUUUGCUCUUGUUCACUCUACUAAAAAAAAAUUUAAAAAGGCUGGGGGCAAGGUGGUGACAGGCAGCAGGGUGGCAACAUGGAGAGAGGGAAGCUCAAUAAGUCACUAGUUAUAAUCCUGGUAUCAUUGCCAAUUAUCAUAUUUACAUUUCCUACAAUCAUGUGCUUAUUAACAUAUUGAAAAUGCUUCAGUCCUCACAUGAUAAUACACUAAAAUUUUCAGAUUAAGUUUUGGUUCAAGUUAAUUUUUAAAUGCAUCACUAAUGUGUAAAUAGUGACUGUUCGUUUCAGCAAUUUUUUGGUGGUGAACUGUCAAAUGACUCAGUUUCCUCUUGGAACCCUCCAAGAAAAACUUCAGGGUCCUAGUGUAAUACACCUGGCCCCAUUUCUUACCAGCCUAUAUAUUUAACUGGACUCACUCUCCCACCCUCAGCUAAUACUACAAUCCUGGAGUCACCUCUUGACUCAUCUUUCCCAGUGCCGCCACAAUCCAUUCUAAUCUGUCAGCAAAAUCUGUCAGUUUUAAUCUAUGAAAUCUCUUACAGUAUUUCCAUCUAACCGUUCCUUGUUUUCCUUCUAUUUCUAUAGCCACCUUUCUGGUUCAGAAACCUUUUACUUCUUGUCUCAACUAAUGUAAUAGCUUCCUAACUCCUUUCUACUUCACACAUAUGGUAAGGUUAUUUUCUUUAAAAAGACUCUUAUUAUGUUAUUCCUUAGCUCAAAAUCCUUCAAUGACUGAAUUUUCACUGCCUGAAAGACAAAUCCCAAGCUUUUACCUAUGAAUUCAAAAGCAGCUGUAACCAUAAUGACUCCAGCCUUCACUUCCAGCUUCACCUUCCAAACCACCUCCAUAUUCCAGCAAAUUAGCCUACUUACUUGUUCCUAGUCACAUCUUACAGCUUCCUACUCUCCCAGUUUUAUUUAUACCAAGCCUCCUCCUGAAAUUUCCUUCCCUUUCUUUCUACCUAGCCAAGACAUAUAACAUGCUUCAAUAACCAGUCCCUUCCUCCUGCAAACCCUACAACCUGGAAAGCACUCUUGCUUUUCCGAAGUCCUCUACACUUGGUGUAACUCUUCUGUGAUGAAGAUUAAAGUGUAUUAUGGCAACUCUCGUGUUUCUGUAUUGUCUCUCUUUGCUUAUUUUAAUUUUUACUUGUUUGCUUUUUUCUCCAAGAUAGGGAUAUUGCUGUAUAUUUCAUUGCACAUCAAACGGUAUAUAACACGCUCAAAUAUAAAUGGCUGAAAAAACAUGUCAGGGAAAUUCUAAAAAGCUAACUCUUAUAUUUCAAGCAGACAGUCCCUAAAAGCACUCUAAUUUACAGCUGUGAUGUUCAAUAUGCUAGACACUAGUCACAUGUGGCUAUUUAAAUUUAAAUUAAUUAAAACAAAAUACAAUUAUAAUUCAGUUCUUCAUUUUUACCAGCCAACUUUCAAUUGCUCAGUAGCCAUGAAUGGCUAGAGGGUAUCAUAUUGGACAGUGCAGAUUCUAAAACAUUUCUAACAUCAGAGAACUUUCUAUUGGACAAGAUUUUUUUUUUUUUUUUUUUUUUUUUUGAGACAGGGUCUCGCUUUGUCACUGAG